CUCGGCUGAAUCGCUCAGUAUUUUUGCGUGAAGCACGUGUGCGUGUGAACAACUAAGCACAGAGCAGAGAUGAAGCUGCAGUUCGCUUUGGUCGCGCUCGCGUGUUUGCUGGCUGUUUCUGCUGCCAGGACGAUUCCUUCGUAUGUGAAGAUCUGCAGCAGGAAUGACCCACAGUUGAACAGGUGCCUAGUGGAUUCUGUGGACAAACUGCGGCCGUACCUGGCCAAGGGCAUCCCUGAGUUCCGCAUCCCGCCCUACGACCCACUGAUGAUCCCCAAGGUCAGCCUGACGCAGGGCGAGGGCCCGGUUAGUUUCAAGUCCGAGUUCAACAACCUGAAGACCUCCGGCGCCAGGGAAGUGGUGGUCAGGGGUGUGGAAGUUGACCUUAAAAACCUGGUCGUCACCCUGGACCUGUUCUUCCCCAAGCUGCGCAUCCAGUCCGACUACGAGGUGGACGGCAGGAUCCUGGUCGUGCCGGUCCAAGGCAGCGGCUACAGCGAUGGCAACUUUACUAGCGUCGCGGCACACAUCGUCCUCAGCGGAAACGAGGAGAAACGCAAAAACCUGACCUACGUGUCCCUCAAGGACCGCACCGUCAAGCUGGAAAUCGGUGGCGCCUCCAUGCACUUUGACAACCUGUUCAACGGCAACAAGCAACUCGGUGAAACUACCAACCGCUUCUUCAACGAGAACUGGCGCGACAUUGUGCGCGAAAUCAAGCCCGUGCUGGAGGACACGAUCGCCGAGGUGGUGCACGGCAUCGUGCGUCAGGUGUUCGACCUUUACCCCCUUGAGCAGCUGCUGCCCGAGACUGCCCCGUGAACAGGGCGGCGUUAACACCGCCCUGGCCCACAUACCUCACUCAGCGCACGACUGCACAUGAAAUAAUUUUAUUGUUCCUCCUGUGAUUAACUGUAUGCAUCGAGAGAAAGAAAGAAAUAAAUAAAAACAGUAUAGUUUGUAGCAAAA